ACACGAUUCCACAGACGUUAAAAGCUGUGAUUGACUUACCGCAUACAUAACGGUCUCUCUCUCUCUCUCUCUCUCUUCAACUUCUUUCUUUAUUCCCAUUCGAUUCUCAUAUUCUUAGAUUCCUCACCUCCAAUCCCAAAAUUUCGAUUCUUUCCUCUUCUCCAGACUCACUGAAACGAUACCCAUUUCCACAAAUCUCAAUCCCUUUCUCCAAUCUCUCUUCCCCGUCCGAUCCUAGCCUUUCUUCGCUCACCCGAGCUGUUGAUUCUGCCCCACCAUGCUCUCUCUCUUUCUGGGUUUUCUCCUCGGCGCCGUUGCCAUCGUGGUUGCCGAGUUAUGGCUUCUCGUUUACCUUCUUGAUCGAUUGAGCCGGAAGAGCAAAGAGCCCAAAGCUUCCGAUUCUCAAGCGGGCUGCGACCUCAAUGCUGAAGAAUCGAUCUCGUUCUCUUUCAAUAAGCAGGGAGCAAUAUGGGUAUUAGAUUCGGUCCCAAAAGUGUUACCAAAAGAAUCAUCAACGAAAGCAACCAAGGAACAGAAUAGCAAGAAGGAAAUUGUGGAGGUUUUCCCUGUCAAAAAGUAUGCGAAGAUUAAAGAUCAAUUGCUUAUCCUGACAGAUUCCAGUGGUUCUCAAGCAAAAAUCCACCUUGUGGGUUGCGUAAUAGUUGCUGUUUCUGCCUCAAGCUUAUCUUCAAGAAAGUGGGCCAAAAAGUACCCUCUUAAAAUCGAAAACCGUAAAUCAGUAGUUUAUAAUGGAAGCAACACUUGUUACAUAUAUCUCGAGACUUCUUGGGAGAAGGAAUCCUGGUGCAAAGCCCUCCGUCUUGCCUCCUGUGUAGACAAGGAGAGAAUAAACUGGCACGUCAAGCUGAAUGCGGAGUUCCACAAUUAUGUGCAAGCCUUAAAUGUGGAAUACCCUUCAUUUAUGAAGCCUGCUGCAGGGCUUGGUGAGCCAACAGAAAGAGAGAUUAGGCUUGACGGGUCUUCUUCAAAGGUUCGCGUUUUUCUGAAAAAGCUUGCCAAGAAGGCUUCUAAGGGUGGUGCUGAAUGCAAAACAAGUACAAUGUCACCAACGGCUCGUGAAGAGAGAAAGAUCAUUGACAAGUUCCGUUCUGCUCAGGACAGAUACUCGCCCUCUGCCUCAGUAAAGUCUUCUUCGUCAGAGAAAACUGCAAACAAUGCCUUGGAAGAAGAUGAUGUGGUGCUACCAUUGCCAUCGACAUUGGAUCAUUCAGAUAGCCAUGGCUCUGUCCUUUCUGAGGCAGAUUUUGAUGAAAAGUUUGGUAAUGAUGAGGGGACCCUUUGUUGGAAUUUGUUGUUUUCGCGGCUCUUUUUCGAUGCCAAAAGAAGUUCAGAGAUCAACAGUUUCUUACACAUACACAUUCAGAGGAUGCUGUCUAAUAUGCGGACCCCGAAUUAUGUUGGUGGAAUCACAUGCACCAACCUGGAUAUUGGGAAUCUUCCUCCUUAUAUUCAUAACAUAAGGGUUCUUCCCAUGGACAUGAAUGAGGUGUGGGCUAUGGAAGCUGACAUCGAAUAUUCUGGUGCUGCGAUAAUGUAUAUCGAAAUGAGGCUUGAAGUACGUGAACCUGACUUCCAAAAGGGCUUAGCUAAUACGAGCAUGGACGAAGGUGCUGGAGAAGCUGCUGCGGAUCUUUUUGAGGGCAUUGAACGGUAUAAGGAUCAAUUGAAACUCUCAAGAGAUUCAGUGAAUAGAAUGGAGAAGAGCGAUCAGGGAGAUAAAUUAGAUGGGUUGAAAACCUCAAAGAGCACUAGUUGGACCUCAACAUAUGUAUCAAAGUGGAAGUCUAUUCUAAAUUCUCUUGCUGAUCAAGUUUCACAGGUACCUCUCGCUUUGGCAAUAAGGGUUACGUCGUUUCGAGGGACGAUAAGAUUACAUAUAAAGCCACCCCCUUCAGAUCAGAUAUGGUUUAGUUUCACUGCAAUGCCCGACAUUGAUUUGAACCUGGAUUCUUCUGUGGGAGAGCAUAAAAUUACCAAUGCACAUGUUGCUACACUCAUCGGCAGUCGGUUUAAGGCAGCAAUACGGGAAACUCUAGUACUUCCAAAUUGCGAAAACAUAUGCGUUCCAUGGAUGAUAGGGGAAAAAGAGGACUGGGUCCCACGAAAGGAUGCCCCCUUCAUCUGGGCUCAUCAAGAAGCCAGUGACUCAACAGGACGUGAUCCACCCAACUGCCAGCCUGCGGAAGCUAAAACCAAACUUAACACUAACAAGGGAAGUAAACGUGGAGGCCCAGGUGAUAAUCUAGACGAUGAUCAUGAAAAAUCAAAGAGCGUGGUAUGCACAAAACCGCCAAGUGCCGAGCCUGCUCCAGAGCCAACCUCUUCCUCUCAACCCGGUCCUUCCAUGGUGGUUGCUAAUGAUCAAUCCAUCCGUGAAAGAUCUUUGGAAGAUUUGACAAUACCGCUCUUACAAAGCAACCAAACGCAAGAGAGCUGUGGCCAGAGCAGACCUGAGAGUCCAAUGAGCACAUUAGGAGCAAUUGCUAUAACGGGAGAUGAACAAGUUCAGCCAAAGAGAGUAGGGAGGAGAGCGAGGAUGUUGGAUUUAGGGAAGAAGAUGGGGGAGAAACUCGAGGAGAAGAGGCGCAACAUUGAAGAAAAGAGCAGGACUAUUGUCGAGAAAAUGCGAGGACAUGAUAUCUGAGGGCAGCCUGCGAACACUUAGAGGUCCAUCCUGUUUCCUGUCUAGCCACGAGCAAUCCCAUGAUUUGAAAAUUUGUGGUUUUGAUUAGUUCGGCGAGCUUGUCUUGAUGGGUACCAUCACUGUUCAUCCUCUCUCUCUCUCUCUUUCCUCUCUCUCUCUAUUUUUGAGAAGGAUAGAUUGUGAUAUAUAUAUAGACUUAGACUUCUGAGUGUGGUCUGGCGAGAUGAGAUAUUGUAUAGAGGCCAUACAGGGUUUAAAAGCAUGUACUGAUGAUUCAAAGGGGUGAUUUGAUUUUUACUAUGAUCU